UAUGAAUCUUUAAUUAUUUUUGAUAUAUUUUUUUUUCAUUUAAAAUUCUAAUAAAUAAACAUAUAUGUAAAUUCAAUGUUGCACUAUACUUGUUAAGUUGCCAUUUCCUGUGAACUUUGGAAUAUUGUGAUCUCGAACUUCGAUCUUCCUAAUCACGACUUUACCAAGUAAUAUUGUUUAGAUUACAAUAAUUCAGUGUAGUAUUACUGACGAAUAUCAUAUGUUUAAAAACAGCAUUAUGCUUUAAUAAAGCCUGUAAAAAUCCCAACAAAAAAUGCCAAAUUAGAUUGAGAAAUAAGUAUAUGUCUUCUACAAAGCGCACAAUUUAGAAAUAAUUCAUUACAAGAUGGGCAUCCUAUCCUCGUUGAAAAGAUCAUCAAUUUUACAUCUUAUGCUUGGCAUUACAUUUUUUACAUCUGGCUUAAUAAUAAAUUUCUUCCAAUGUAUUUUAUACUUUGGGCUUAGACCAUUCUCUAAGUAUUUUUAUCGCAAGAUCAACUAUUAUCUUUGUUAUUCAUUUUAUAGCGAAUUAGUAUGUAUGGCAGAAUGGUGGUCCGGAUCAGAUAUUAUAUUUUACAUAGAUAAAAAAGACUAUGAAAAAUACUAUGGCCGCGAAAACGUAUAUAUUCUAAUGAAUCAUAGUUACGAAAUAGAUUGGCUAAUUGGAUGGGUAGCAUGUAGCCGUUUUGGCGUAUUAGGGAAUUGCAAAGCAUAUGCUAAAAAAUCUAUAUUAUAUAUUCCUGCGUUGGGAUGGGCUUGGAAAUUUGCAGAAAGUAUCUUUUUAGAAAGAAAUUGGAACAAAGAUAAAAAUGUAAUAGGAAAGCAAAUUAAAGAAUUACUUGAUUAUCCUGAUCCGAUAUGGUUGCUUCUAUAUGCAGAAGGGACACGUGUUACACCAAAAAAGAUAGAGGCUUGUCAAAAAUUUGCCAAAGAAAAGAAUCUACCAAUUUUAAAAUAUCAUUUAACUCCACGCACAAAAGGAUUUAUUUGUAGCAUUCCCAAUAUGAGAGGAAAAUCAAUUGCUAUAUAUAAUAUUCAAGUAGCAUUUAAAGAAAGCGAUCCCGUAAAACCUACUAUGACAAAUUUACUUUUAGGAAAAAAAGUAGAAGCUCAUAUGUAUAUGAAAAGAAUACCUCUAAGCGAAGUACCGGAAGAUGAUGAUGCUGCCGCUGACUGGUUGCACAAAUUAUAUCAAGAAAAGGAUUAUAUGAUGGAAAGUUUUCAUAAGACUGGUGAUUUUUUUGCAACAAGUGGUGUCGCUAAACCAGACACAUUCAUAUUAAAUAGGAGCUACGCUUCUUUGUUCAAUACCAUAUUUUGGUUUGUGGUAGUAUUAGUACCAAUGAUAUAUUAUCUUAUCAAACUCUUUUUAUCUGGCUCAACUUUAUACUUUUCCAUUGGAGUGGGCAUCCUUCUUAUAUUUUAUCUGCUAAUGGAUAAAACAAUUCAAAUGUCUGAGAUAAGUAAUAGUUCAUCGUAUGGAGCUGCUGAUGCAAAGAAAAUAGAGUAAAGUCUAAUUUUGACUACAUAAUAGACCAAUAAAAAGUGUCAAAAAUUAUUAUUUUUUGAAAUAUGAA